AUGUCAGGUAACGGAAGAGAUGUCUCUGUAGCGGAGUGUAUGGUGGAGCUGGAAACAUUCCGUCACGGACUUGAAAAUGUUGAGACAUCCAACAGGAAAUUUCUGAACAAACUUGAAUCCUGGCAAAGGUCUGCUAUUGUACAUGAAGAUAACGAGAGAAAAAUUUCAGAAAUGACAGCUCGCGGAGAAAACAUUUUACGACAACUAGAGGAAAAAGAUAUGAGUUUACAUAGACUUACAAAUAACAUCAAUACGUUAUGUGGCAAAGUCGAUGGACUGCUCAGAGGGUUUUCCGCGAUUAAAGACACACCUGAACAACAUGCAAGACAAGAACAACCAUCAAAAACUGAAGAUAAUACUGGUUCUGUGAAACGUACAAGUGGACAUCCCUCCACAAAGAGAUUUGAGUUAGACAAUGGACAGGCAGUUCCUCCUGAUCAACAACACUCUUCAGGGAGAGAUAAAACGGAAACUGAACAGAAUGUAACUUGUGGUGGAAACACGAAACAAAAGCACGUGAAGAAUACGCUUGGAGAUACAUCGGAUGAACUACCACCACUUGUUAACGCACGUGGCUACAAACGUCGUCUAACAGACGAUAGGACAGACAACAGGUUAAAAUCAGGGCAUCAGCCAAAUAUACCUUCUUCCUCACGAAAAGAUGCGCAAAGUCACCCAGAAACUGUGAACAUCAAGUAUGGUGAGCGUGACUCUGGAAGCAGCUUUGCACUAGCACGCAGUCGUAAUUUAAGCACCGGGUCUAGUGUCUUGAAUAUGAUAUCAAAGCAAACAUCGACAAUGCCAGGGAUAGAUGAGAACUACAGCGGAAAAUUGGCGGAUAUGGAGAAAAACAACUUCGUAGCUAACCUCAUUUUCAAAAAAUGGUACACCUAUGCAGAAACAGAAAAAGUCAUAGGAUCCGUUAGCGGUCUCGUCAGGAACGAUGGACCAGACACAGUUUUGUGUUUAGACACUUCUGCUAGCAUGCAGGGAGCGCCAUUCGAGAAAAUGAUGGACUUAGCUAGCUAUUUUGUCACAGGGAUGGAGGCACUAAAAAAUGUUAAGAAAAUUGAGGGAAACAUUUCCGUGACGACCAUUGGAGCAGAAACGAAGGUUUGGAUACACAUGACCGACGACUUUAAUGCUGUACAGGAAAUUCUUCGCCAAAUACGUGUCCAAGGACCGCGAGGACGAAGUCCAUUAGCUGGUGGAUUGUUGGUGGCCCUAGCUGGAUGCUUGGGGAAUGGUAAACAUAUGUCUUUGGGCCAUUUGAUGAUAUCACCACAGAUUGUGUUGAUAUCAGACGGGAAAGGCACUCCUGACCAUGUCAAAGCAGGACAAGAUUUGAUGGCGGAGAGCAACAAUGACCUAGCAUCUAAGCUCAUUGUGGACUCCAAUCAAAAGGCAGUCUGUGAAAAUCUAAAGCAACGGCGGAACCGAGUGUAUUGUGUUCCUGUGGGAAAUGCAGAUCAGGAUUUGGUACAGACUGCCUUGGAAACCAUAUCCAAAAUCACAUCAGGAAAAGUGUACCUUCCGAGCGCGAUUGAUAAACUUUUGGGAUUGUCAAUGAGAAAAAUAUCAGCUGCUCUGCUACUGUUGGGGGUUAGCAGAAGUCUGGGUUUCCUACCAAAUAAUUUCAUUCUGCGUUUGCUGUUUGAAAGAGACCAAAACCAGGAGCAUUUUACAGAAGAAGAUAAGGUUGAAAUUCUAGAAAUUAUGCACGAUUUUGUGCCUGAGUUACCUGACCUGGUGCUUGCUAUGGAACAUGACGAUGACUUACCUGCCCUUGGAACUCGCGUGCGACGUGGUUCUGGCUGGAAGUACGAAGAUCAAGAUUCUAAGGGCAUGGGGACCGUCUGUUCCCAUGGAAAGGACGGUAAGGUGUGGGUUGAAUGGGACAAUGGAAAAGUUUUCAGCUAUGAUUACAAGACUGAACCAAAAGAUGUCAUGGCUGUGAACGAAUAUAGAGUUCUAAAGUCUGAUGAGUUGAUUGCUACUGGAUGUCGAGUUACCAGGGGUGAUAGAUGGCGGUACGCAGAUGAGGACGGUGGGCCCGGAUCGGUGGGUGUGGUCAUACGGGUGUUCCUGAACGGAUCUGUGAUUAUCCGGUGGCCAAAUAAGUCGUUUUCUAACCUCCAUUACGGAUUUGAUGGCGAAUUUGACGUGAAAAUUGUUACUGAAGAUAUAACUACACCGUUGGACAAUCAGGCGUGUCGUUCAGCGACACACGACGGCUAUGUAGCCUUCGCCAAAACAUCUGUCGGAGACCUGAAUAGAAAAAACAGGCCAUAUCAAAAUUAA